CACAGAGGGGGGGGGGGGGGCAACAACCCAUCUUAAUUGUGAACCUUGUCGCAAGGUGUCGAAUUUGGCGUGCGUACGAGCAAAUAAUGAGCUGCGAUAUUUUCACGAAGAUGGGAAUUUUCUGAUUUAAAAAAAGAAAUCUCAUUCAUUUUGCGUCUUUAUAUCUUGUUUUCCCUCUCCACCACCCCCCCCCCUAUUGUGGCUCAGCAACAGACACAGAAUAAUAUAUAUAUAAAAAAAAAACCCAGAGAGACUGGAUGUUGUUAUCAGGGCUCUUACAGGGUCCCUGCCCUCUCGGCAGCGCUGAAACCUUCUCCACGCUGCCGCAUGACGAGGAGGCUUUCCACUCGCGUCCCGUCUCCUCCGACCGCCGUCGUUCACCGAGAACAUAGAGAGGGAAGGAGGACACGGCAGAGGCGAAGCAGGAGGCUGAAGAGAAGAGAGCUUCCGCUGGAGAGAGGACAUCCGACCAUCAAUCUCCAGCGCCGCGCCUACCCGCGGGCCAGCCACUGACUGAAUUUGCUCGGACAGCAGAAAAAAAAACAGGACCCACCACCAUCAUCAUCACCAUCAAUUUAAUUAAGAGCAGCAGCAGCAGCAUCAGCAGUAAAGCGGCGUGGUGACGACGGCGAGAUCUAGCGCUGGUAAUAAAUUUAAUAAUAAUAAAUUAUAACGUGGCUCGACGCGUCUCCUCCUCGCUGCUCCGCAGCCUCCUCCGCCAUCCAGACGCAUGAUCAGUUCAGUGUGCGUCUCGUCGUUCCGAGGACGCAAGUCCGGCAACAAGCCGCCGUCAAAGACAUGCCUGAAGGGCGAGAUGGCCAAGAGCGAGGAAGAGGAGCGGAUAAUCAUCAACGUGGGCGGCAUGCGCCAUGAGACCUACAGGACCACGCUCAAGACCCUGCCGGGCACUCGCCUCUCGUGGCUCACGGAGCCCGACGCCUACAGCACCUUCGACUACGACCCCAAGUGCGACGAGUUCUUCUUCGACAGGCACCCCGGCGUCUUCGCGCACAUCCUCAACUACUACCGCACGGGCAAGCUGCACUGCCCCGCCGACGUGUGCGGACCUUUCUUCGAGGAGGAGCUCGCCUACUGGGGCAUCGAUGAGACGGACGUGGAGGCGUGCUGCUGGAUGACCUACAGGCAGCACCGCGACGCCGAGGAGGCCCUCGACAGCUUUGACAAUGCCCCCGACGAUGGCGGAGGUGGCGACGGGGACGAGGAGUCGGGCGGCUCGGGCAGCAAGCGGUUCGGCGUCGAUGACCCCAGCGCGGCCGCCAAGUCGAAUUGGUGGCGUCGCUGGCAGCCCAAACUGUGGAACCUUUUCGAAGAUCCGUACUCGUCCAAGAACGCCAAGUCAACCUUGCAGAAAGCGCUGCGGCGCAGCGCGUUCACGCGAGCGAGCGCGUGCACGGGCCCCGCUCGCUCGGUGGCCAAUUGCUUGAUGGGUUCUGCAGGCAAAGCCAUGCCCGUGCAAUUUGAAACGCAACUGGUGCCGCUGGCAUUUCUCUUUGGGACGUGA